AAACAAAAUUGUUACAGUAUCGUAAAAUUUUUCCGUAGGCUAAACACGGCCUUGAUUGGACGUCGCAAUCUGCAAGUGAUCGAGAUGGAAUCGAUAGGCACUCAAGCUAGCUACUCUUAUGUUGUCGCCACAGCAUUAUUAUGCCUGAUCCAAUCCGGUCGAAUUAAUCCUCCACUUGCGUAGUAAAACCGAGCAGCACCAGCACACAGCGUCCGAGCGCAGCGGCUGCUCAAGUAGUCAGCCAGUCAGGCGAUCAGCUUCAACUGAUCAUGGCUACGACGACGGCGCACCAGCUCGUGGUGGUCCUGCUCGUUCUGGCCUUGCCGGCGGCCAUGUCCGCGUGCACUAGUGAGGUCUUCCCAUCAGGGAAGACCUACGUGACGUGCCAGGACCUCCCGGAGCUCGGCGCGGCGCUGCACUGGACAUACUACGCCGACGCGUCGCUGUCGCUGGCGUUCGUGGCCGCGCCGGCAGCGCCCGGCGGGUGGGUGGCCUGGGGCAUCAACCCCACUGCUGGCAACGGCGGCGGCAUGGUCGGCACGCAGGCGCUGCUGGCGUUCGUCGCUGGCGGCGCCUCCUCGUCCUCGUCCACGCCCACCGUCAGAACCUACAACAUCACCGGCUACGACGCGGUCGGCGCCGCCUCGACGCCCAUCGCGUUCCCCGCCGCCGACCUCGCUGCAGACGUGGGCAGCGGCGGGAGGAUCCGGCUGUACGCCACGCUGCAGCUGGACAAGGGGAUGAAGGUGGUGAACCAGGUGUGGCAGGUCGGGUCCUCCGUCACUAGAGGAGCUCCCGACGUGCACGCCAUGGCACCCGAAAACCUGGUUGCCAUGGGCAAGCUCGUCCUCUCCGUUGGGACCGCCGCCGCAAGCAGCCCUCCAGCGCACGCCGCCGGCCCGUCCAGCAACAGGUCGUCUUCUUGGCCGCCGUCAGGCUCAGGCAGGCAGAUGAUAUCACGGGGGGCAGGCACGGACAGCGUCUCCGCGACGGCACACGUUGUACUGGCAUUGCUGGGUUUCUGGGCGAUGGUAGGAUAGGUGCUGUUGCAAGUGUAUAAACCGAUCAUUCAUGUCCUUGUGUUGA